UUCUGUCAGAUUUUCAUUCUGCAGUGUGGCACGUUUGGUGCUCAACUGUUUUUUGCGUGCAUUUAUUGCGGCGUCCGGACGUCGAAACAUCUAUUAAAAGUGUCAUAGAAGGCUCCACGAUGGUCAUCAAGCUCACAGCCAACAUCAACAAUCCACCAAUAAGUGGAUUAGCAACGGCGCUCCUUAUCAAUGAAACACACCCCGUUGAGGUGACGUGGGCCGAGGAGACGGCCCUUUUGCUGUCGAACGGGACGAAGUUGCAGUGCCACUCCAACAACGAUGUCCUGCGAGCCUUGGCCCGGGAGGCUCCCAAGUAUGAGCUUUACGGGCAAACCCCCAUCGAACGCACACAAAUCGACCACUGGCUGUCGUUCAGCUUAACUUGCGAAGAUGACAUCUCAUGGGCGAUGGACUUCCUGGAGAAAUCCAUCGCGCCAGUAACGUUUCUUGUCGCGAACAAACUCACAAUCGCCGAUUUUGCGCUGUUCAAUGAAAUGCACUCGCGGUACCAGGUCCUCUCGAAAAAGGGGAUUCCACAGCAUGUCCAGCGGUGGUACAACCUCAUCAUGGCCCAGCCCUUGAUCCAGAAGGUACUGAAGACUCUUCCAGCCGAAGCUAAAGUUGUCCGCACUUCGAGCAGAGGUAAUAGCAAUGAAAAGGAAACGAAGCCAGGAGAGAGGAAGCAAGAGGGCAAGUUCGUGGACCUACCCGGCGCGGAGAUGGGUAAAGUUAUUGUUCGCUUCCCACCGGAAGCGUCUGGAUAUCUGCACAUCGGCCACGCCAAGGCAGCUCUCCUCAACCAAUACUACCAACAAGCGUUCCAGGGAAAGCUGAUCAUGCGAUUCGAUGACACCAACCCAGCCAAGGAGAACGCAGAGUUCGAAAAAGUCAUCCUGGAGGACUUGGAAAUGUUGGAAAUCAAACCAGAUCUCUUCACGCACACCUCGCAGUACUUCGACCUCAUGUUGGAGUAUUGCGAGCGUCUGCUCAAGGACGGGAAGGCGUACGCGGACGAUACCGAUCCCGAGACCAUGAAGAAGGAACGCGAGCAGAAAAUCGAGUCAGCCAACCGCAGCAAUUCCGUCGAGAAGAAUUUCGAGAUGUGGAAGGAGAUGGUGGCCGGUACCGAGCGCGGGCAGAAGUGCUGCAUUCGAGCUAAGAUUGAUAUGAGCUCGGCGAACGGUUGUAUGCGCGAUCCUACAAUUUAUCGUUGCAAAAACGAGGAGCAUCCAAGGACGGGAAGACAGUAUAAAGUCUAUCCCACAUACGACUUCGCCUGUCCCAUUGUCGAUGCCAUUGAAGACGUGACCCACACCCUCCGCACGAUGGAAUACCAUGACCGUGACGAGCAGUUCUAUUGGUUCAUUGACGCCCUCAAGCUCCGCAAGCCUUACAUCUGGGAGUACAGCCGUCUAAACAUGACCAACACAGUAUUAUCCAAGCGGAAGCUGACUUGGUUCGUCGAAUCCGGACUUGUGGACGGAUGGGACGACCCUCGCUUCCCAACCGUACGAGGCAUCCUCCGACGCGGUAUGACUGUCGAAGGUCUGAAAGAGUUCAUCAUCGCGCAAGGUUCCAGCAAAUCCGUUGUCUUCAUGGAAUGGGAUAAAAUCUGGGCAUUCAACAAGAAAGUCAUCGAUCCUAUCGCUCCCCGCUACACCGCUCUGGAGUGGGAUAAUCGCGUUGUAGUGAACGUCGCUGGUGCUAAGAAAGAAUGCAUUGAAGUGCCGGCACAUCCUAAGAACGAGUCGGUCGGAAAGAAGUCUAUUUGGCUAGGACCGCGUAUUUUCAUCGACUACGCCGACGCAGAGGCUCUGAAAGAGGGUGAAAAUGCAACAUUCAUAAACUGGGGCAAUUUGAUGAUUAAGAAAAUCAAUCGAGCGAAUGGAAAGAUCACCUCCGUCGAUGCUGAGUUGAAUUUGGACAAUAAAGAUUUCAAGAAAACAUUGAAAUUGACUUGGCUGUGCGAGGGAGAGGCAACUGAAUUUCCACCAACUUUCUGUGUGUACUUUGACCAUAUCAUCAGCAAAGCAGUUCUGGGCAAGGAUGAGGACUUCAAGCAGUUCAUUGGUCAGAAUACUAGGACCGAAGUCAAGAUGCUGGGUGAUCCGGAACUGAAGAAAUGUAAGAAGGGUGACAUCAUUCAGCUGCAACGAAGAGGGUUCUUCAAGGUGGAUAACGCAUACGCCCCACCGAGCACACAAACUGGAGUGACUUCGCCCGUCGUUUUGUUCUUCAUUCCGGACGGACAUACUAAGGAGAUGCCAACUUCUGGAGCGAAGAAACAAGCAACCAAUGAAGCCCCAGCAAAGAAGUCUACCGCCAAUCAAGCCGGCGACCUUAACGAGAAGAUCCUAGCACAAGGAGAGAUCGUUCGUGCUUUGAAAGCCCAGGGAGCCCCGAAAGCAAAAAUCGAUUCAGAAGUUAAGACUUUGCUAGCCUUGAAAGCUGAUUUCAAAGCUGCAACCGGUCAAGAUUGGAAACCUGGUGCAACUCCUGCGAAAGCUGCCGCUCCAGCCGCUUUAGCAAAUAAUCAAGGCAACGAUAUUGACUCUAAAAUCAAGGCCCAAGGUGAUUUGGUGAGAGACUUGAAAUCCCAAAAGGCACCGAAAGACAAAAUCGAUGCUGAAGUCAAAGCACUGUUAGCGCUCAAAGCUGAAUAUAAAGCUGCAACCGGCCAAGAUUGGAAACCUGGUGCAACCCCUGCCAAAACUGCACCUGUAGCCAAAGCUGCUGCUCCAGCCCCUUCGGGAAAUAAUCAAGGCAACGAUAUUGACGCUAAAAUCAAAGCCCAAGGUGAUUUAGUGAGAGAUUUAAAAUCUCAAAAAGCACCAAAGGACAAAAUCGAUGCUGAAGUGAAAACACUCUUAGCACUCAAAGCUGAAUAUAAAGCUGCAACCGGUCAAGAUUGGAAACCUGGUGCAGCUCCAGUGAAAGCUAGCCCAGUAACUACGACAGCACCGCCAGCCUCAAACAACAAAGCCGCCGAAAUCGACAAUAAAAUAAAGGCACAGGGAGAUAUUGUAAGAAGUUUGAAAUCGGAAAAGGCUCCAAAGGAUCGAAUCGAUGGAGCAGUGAAAGUACUAUUGAGUUUGAAGGCGGACUAUAAGGCCGUGACUGGACAAGAUUGGAAACCAAAUACUCAACCAGCUACCACACCAGCAAAAUCAUCUUCCCCGAACGUUGCUAAUUCUGCAAGUGCUACUGAUUUGGAUGCAAAAAUCAAAGCCCAGGGUGAUAUUGUUCGUGAAUUGAAAUCAAAGAAAGCCCCGAAAGAUCAGGUUGAUGCAGAAGUGAAGAGCUUAUUAAGUUUGAAGGCAGAAUAUAAAGCUGCUACAGGACAAGAUUGGAAACCUCAAGCCACUACUACUCAAUCGAAGCCAACUGCAGCCAUGGCACCCAAUAGUGAUAAUGAAAUUGCGAAAAAUGAGCUCACCCAGAAGGUGAAUGCUCAAGGUGACCUCGUACGCCAAUUGAAGUCGAAAAAUGCACCCAAAGCAGAAAUCGAUGCGGCUGUGAAAACUCUCUUAGACCUUAAAGCAGAGUACAAAAAAGUGACAGGUACUGACUUCCCAACGGCAGGUCGGGCACCAUCUAAACCUAAAUCUGAAAGUCAGAAAGCAAAACCGGAGAAGAAGGAGCCUGCAAAACCUAAGGGAGGCGAACCAAAGGAAUCUGGUGCCAAGAAAGUCACUCGCUUAGGCUUAGAAGCGACAAAGGAGGACAAUUUGCCAGAUUGGUAUUCACAGGUAAUCACCAAAGGUGAAUUGAUCGAGUAUUACGACGUUUCCGGGUGUUACAUUCUACGUCAUUGGUCAUAUGCAAUUUGGAAGGUCAUUAAAAAUUGGUUCGAUGCCGAAAUAACGAAAUUAGGCGUGAAAGAAUGUUACUUCCCGAUCUUCGUUUCACGUGCUGCCCUCGAAAAGGAAAAGACUCACAUCGCUGACUUCGCUCCAGAAGUGGCAUGGGUUACAAAAUCAGGUGAAUCAGACUUAGCGGAACCAAUAGCAAUCCGUCCAACCUCUGAAACUGUGAUGUAUCCUGCAUUUGCGAAGUGGAUCCAGUCAUACAGGGACCUUCCAAUUAAAUUGAAUCAAUGGAAUAAUGUCGUCAGAUGGGAGUUCAAACAUCCCCAACCAUUCCUGCGGACACGUGAGUUCCUUUGGCAAGAAGGGCAUACAGCAUACGCAGUCAAGCAAGACGCCGAAGAUGAGGUUCUCAAGAUCCUGCAAUUAUACUCGCUUAUCUAUACACACCUCUUAGCUAUUCCCGUAAUCAAAGGCCGAAAAACUGAGAAGGAGAAAUUCGCUGGAGGCGAUUACACAACCACAGUAGAGGCAUUUAUCUCAGCUAGCGGUCGAGCGAUCCAAGGUGCCACCAGUCAUCAUUUAGGCCAAAAUUUCUCGAAAAUGUUCGAUAUUGUUUAUGAAGAUCCAGAAACUCAGCAGAAACAAUACGUCUAUCAAAACUCAUGGGGUCUAACGACCCGAACUAUCGGAGUGAUGAUUAUGGUUCAUGCCGACAACCAAGGUCUCGUUCUGCCACCACACGUAGCAUGCAUUCAAGCAAUUAUCGUACCAUGCGGUAUCACUGUUAAUAUGAAAGACGAGGAACGAGCUGAGUUGUUGGAGUGCUGUAAAAACCUGGAGAGGAGUCUGGUAGACAAUGGUGUUCGUGCGGAGGGUGAUUAUCGGGAUAAUUACUCUCCCGGAUGGAAAUUCAAUCAUUGGGAACUUAAAGGUGUACCAGUUCGUAUUGAAAUCGGUCCAAAAGAUAUGAAGAACAAGCAAGUCGUGGCAGUGCGAAGAGACAAUGGCGAGAAGUUAACUAUUCCACUUGUUGAUAUUCAAAAGAAAAUCGCUCAAUUACUCGAAACCAUACAUGACAGCAUGCUCGCCAAGGCAACAAAGGAUUUGACCGAUCAUACGAAAGUAACUAAAUCCUGGGACGACUUUUGUAAGUUCCUCGAUUCCAAAAAUAUCAUCAUGUCACCGUUUUGCGGCGAUUGCAACUGUGAGGAUAAAAUCAAAGCAGACAGUGCAAGAGAUCAAGAUAUCGAACCAGGUGCACCAGCCAUGGGUGCUAAGUCACUGUGUAUACCUUUCGAGCAACCCGCUGAAAUUGCAGCAGGCGAUAAGUGCGUUCAUCCGGCUUGUACAAACAAACCGAAGUUUUAUACGCUUUUCGGUAGAAGUUACUAAUUGUGAAGUGUUCCCAGCUUUCCUCAUUUGAAAUUGGUGGAAAAUGAAAGUGGUAUUUUGUUUUGUGAAUUACGUGUUGAUUUUAUACACAAUAAAAUGAUACAGUGAAAAAGAAAAGAUUUUUACAGUUCCGAAAUAAUAAAAAUGUUUUA